ACUUCAGUCGUCCACCAUUCGCAUUUGCACAUAUGUUAAUGAACUGCUGUCAAAUGCUAAGCGAGCGCGAUGUGGCUAACUAACAAAGCUAACGACUUUGCAUACACUGGUACAAAAGCGUAUUACAAUAUUCGUAAUUAUAACGCGAAUACGGGUGGCCUUAUGUUAGUCUUAUAAGAAGACUUAAAUUGGACUUUUUUCACGUUUUCUUACCCAGGGUUAACGAAGCUCGUGGACACGACUGGGGGGUUAGUGGUGACAGGCGAUUGGUCAAAAGCGGCACCAUUCUGCAACAUCGGCUCGUUCUAUUGGCUCCCGCAGUCUCGACCAACCAAAAUCGUUUAUACUACAUGAACGUUUAAUUUGAUUGUCGAAAACUUCCGCAGUGAACCGAACGAGCGUGAGGCAAAGUUUUAUUUCAUUUUUGGUUGAAGCAAAUACGUAUACUCUAAUGAAAAAUGAAGGUUUUGAACAAAGGCUAACGGGGGACGUCGUCACCAAAGGAAGAACACACGAAACCUGAGCUGCGAUGUCUUUGCUUGAGGAUGCACUGGAAGUGUUGCGCAUGGUGCUGGACUAUUUUGGAGUCCCUCCAGAAAUGCUUGUUCCAGUGUGGGACAGUCGGCUGUGUGGCCAAUACCGCAGCAUGGUGAGGAUGAUCGGCUCCAACCUGCCUCUGAAUCCUGCACCACGGGUCUAUUUUCAGGUCCCGCUGACCACCUCCAGACCGCACGGAUAUGUCGACCUCCCCACGGAAGCGCCCGCCAUCCCAUCGUUCGCUGACGUCCUGUGGGUACUUGAAGACGAAGCGGACGGUUUCGCCAAGAGCAGGCAUCAUCUACCCGCGAAGACGCCCGCGAGGCAGCGACCGACGGGGGCCCGACAGAUGCAGCCGGAAGCCCUGCAGAAGAUCUCGGCGCUGGAGAGCGAGCUGCUCAAGUUGCGAGCUCAGAUCGCCACUCUCGUCACUGCCACUUCGGGUCUCUCCGAGUCCCAUAAAGCAGCCGGAACGCCGUUGAUGUCGCCCAUCCCGGCGGCGGCUCUCACAUCCACACCUCGCUGCGCGCCCCCGCCGCCACCUCCUCUGCCGUCGCCAUGUCCCGCCGCGUCGUCAGUAACCGAGUUGAUCCAACGGCGCAAGUGCGGCGGGAAGGACGCGGACAAGAAACGGAUCCAAGCCGUUCCCAGCCUGCCUUCAUUGUUGGAUGUGCUCAAAGACUUGAAUCAAGUCAAGUUGCGAUCUGUCGAGAGGUCACCGGGGGGUACGCCGGUUCCGAGGAGGCGUAGCAGAGGGGGCCGGGCCACCCCCCCCAAGGACCCGGCCUCUCUGAUUGCCGAGGCGCUCAAGAGAAAGUUUGCGCAGCAUCGCCACAAUCUCUCAGAUAAAGAGAAUUCUCUGGAAAGCUCGCCUUUCGGAAGUCCCGACACACCCAAGAUGGUCCACCACCCUCGACGCAGCCAGACGUUUCUCCACUUGUGAUGCAAUUGAAGUCUUUCCUUUCGGAAUCCUUGAGGAGGAUUGCGAAAGGUCGGUACAAAUUCUUCUGAAUUCAUUCUCGGCCCGCAAGCGCGCACACAUUGACGGGAUCUUCCAUGCACCUGCUGUCUUAGUUUUGUUCAGUUUAUUAAAAAAGUUACAUAUGUAAAAUAAAAAAGUGUUCGGUUAGCAUUCAGUUGUCGUGUUUGUUGAGUAGAGCGCUGAGAUACGAGUCUUGCGUUCAUUUUCACAUAUGGAACAGUUUUAAUUUAAAGAUUUAAAUAAGUGCUACAUCAACUCAGUCUUUUUCCAAAGAAACUAAUCAUUUCUCUCCUACUAGCUUUUACAUGAGCUUGAAAUGUAAAUAAUGGCAUUUCGUAUAUAAAGAAGGUGCA